GUAGCAACGCGCGGUUUUCAACUGCCUGACGCGUCAUGGCCUCGUUUUUUGAUGUCGGCUCUAAGAGGAAAGAUAAAAAAGAUGAGGAAGAAGGCUACGGAGCAGUGUAUGCAAAGCUGGAUAAAACUGUGGUUUUGCAAGAAGCCCGCUUGUUUAAUCAAACAACGCUUAACCCAAGGAAAUGUGUUCACAUAUUGACUAAAAUUCUAGUGAUUUUGGAGCAGAGUGAAAAAUUGGGGAAGAUAGAGGCGACGGAUGCUUUUUUCGCAAUGACCAAGUUGUUUCAAUCUAAUGACCAAAAUCUUCGUCGCAUGCUUUACCUAGUGAUUAAAGAAUUGUCUACUGUUGCAGAUGAUGUGAUUAUUGUUACUAGCAGCCUGACUAAAGAUAUGACUGGUCCAGAAAUUGCUUUUCGUGGCCCUGCAAUUCGGGCGCUUUGUACUAUUACGGAUGCAGCGAUGGUCCAGAGUAUUGAACGCUACCUUAAGCAGGCUGUAGUAGAUAAGUCCCCUGCCAUAGCAUCAGCUGUGUUGACGUCUGCAUAUAAGUUAAUGAAUGUUUGUCCGGAUAUUAUCAAAAGAUGGACGAACGAAGUACAAGAAGCUGCAUCGGGCUCUCGUGUAAUGGUACAAUAUCAUGCUAUUGGUCUGUUGUAUUUAAUUCGUCAAUCUGAUCGACUUGCUGUGACGAAAAUGAUUCAAAAGUUUACUCGGUCUACUUUAAGAUCUCCUUACGCGUAUUGUCUCAUGAUAAGGAUAGUUGCAAAGCAGUUGGACGAAGAUGGACACCCGAAUAAUCCACAAUUAUAUGAGUUUUUGGAAUCAUCUCUUCGCCAUAAAUCGGAAAUGGUCAUUUACGAAGCGGCUCGAGCGAUAAUUAGCCUCCGAAACUUAACAGCCAAAGAAUUAGCACCUGCCGUGGGUGUUUUACAACUGCUGUGUUCAUCUUCUAAACCUGCGUUACGAUAUGCUGCUGUACAUACGUUAAACUCUGUCGCCAGUAAUCAUCCUGCAGCAGUAACUGCAUGUAAUCUCGAUCUUGAGCAACUAAUUGGCGAUCCUAAUAGAAGCAUUGCAACACUUGCAAUAACUACUUUACUAAAGACGGGUAACGAGUCAAAUGUUGAACGUUUGCUAAAACAUGUAUCUCCGUUCAUGAGUGAAAUAAGCGAUGAAUUUAAAAUAGUCGUAUUGGAAUCUAUCCAUGCUUUGGCAACAAAGUACCCCAAAAAGUAUACAGUGUUAUUAAACUUUUUAUCUGGACUUCUUCGUGAUUCGGCUGGAUACACUUUUAAAAAAGCAGUUGUGGUUGCUAUCGAAUCAAUUAUCAAACAAAUUCCAGAAGCUAAAAGUAUAGGUUUGUUACAAUUGUGUGACUUCAUAGAGGAUUGCGAACAUGUUAAACUAACACAGCGUAUACUCCAUCUGUUAGGGCGGGAGGGACCUUACCUCAAACGUCCUCGUCAAUUUACGCGUUACAUUUACAAUAGAGUUAUGCUCGAGUCAGCUUCCAUUAAGUGCACAGCUACAACAGCUCUGGCGAGAUUUGCUGCACACAAUGAGGAAUUACUUCCGAGUAUUCUUGUACUUCUUAAACGAAUUAUGAUUGAUGAAGACGAUGAGGUUCGUGACCGCGCAGCUUUCUACCACUAUAUUUUAUCAAAUAACCAAGUAGCAUUAAAAUCUGCUUACCUUUUAAGUGAAGAAAUGCAUCUAAAUCCAUCUGGUUUAGAGUGUGCUUUGUUGGAUUAUGUGCACAACUCCCACACAGUUGCUGGUAGUCCUUUCUCUUUGACGACAGUCCCAAUAGCUGAUAUUGUUCAGCCAAAUGAUCUUAGUUCUGCCAUUGACUCGGAUGUUGUAAAGAUUAAAGCUAAACCUAAUGCGAUGGCUGGUGAAGGUCGAAACACAUCACUUGCUUCUCAGAUGUCAGGAAAACGUAUUCAAGAUUCAUUUGCUGAGCAGCUGGCAUCUAUACCCGAAUUUUCUGGUCUUGGCUCUAUAUUCAAAUCUUCCUCCCCGGUAGAAUUAACUGAAUCUGACACUGAAUAUGUAGUAACAUGCAUAAAACAUUUAUUCUCAAGGCAUUUAGUCUUGCAGUUCGAUUGUAUCAAUACAAUGGCAGACCAAGUCUUGGAGAAUGUCUAUGUUUCGUGCGAGCCGGACGACUCACUGUUUAAUAUUGUCUGCACAGUACCUUGCAAAAGCUUAAAGUAUAAUUCUCCCGCUGUGACGUAUGUUCUAGUUGAGUUGCCGGAGGAUCUGGAAUGUCAUUCUGCUACUUUUAUCAACACAUUGAAAUUUACUAUCAAGGAUACUGACUCUGACCCUUCGGAUCCUGGUUUGCCAGAUGAAUAUCAAGUAAGUUAUUUGUGGACCUUUAUACCACCCAAUGGAGGUUUGUAUUAGGCACCGUGUCAUCACCUUUGAUUCUGUAAAUAUAAUUUCUCUUUCACUAAGUCAUUCUGUGAAAUAAAUCCUGAAAAAACAGCAAUUCGGCAUGUCUAGACUAUAUACUUGUAUUAUUUAUCACAGUCAAUAGGGAUAUAUUGCUUUUCUGCAGCUAUCUCGUAUAUUGGACGUAUACAGUAAUUAGUUAGAAGACGUACGAUCACUUUUAGUGUGAACGCUACUUAGCCAACUCUGCUGAUCAUUUUCUAAAUAUCUCAAUAGACGUUUACAAGAAAUAUUUUAUCCAUAUAAUACACCUAAUUUCGCACACGACUACAAGUGCAGGAGACGACCAGUGUAGCAACAGCCUCAGCAGCAGUAGGUCUCAACAUACACAAAGGGAAAAGCAAGAUUCUCCAAUACAACACAACAUGCACCAACCAAAUCACACUUGACGGAGAAGCUUUGGAGGAUGUAAAAGCCUUUACAUAUCUGGGCAGCAUCAUCGAUGAACACGGUGGAUCUGAUGCAGAUGUGAGGGCGCGGAUCGGCAAAGCAAGAGCAGCAUACUUACAACUGAAGAACACCUGAAACUCAAAACAAUUGUCAACCAACACCAAAGUCAGAAUUUUUAAUACUAAUGUCUAGACAGUUCUACUGUAUGGGGCGGAAACUUGGAGAACUACGAAAGCCAUCAUCCAGAAGAUACAAGUGUUUAUUAACAGUUGUCUACGCAAAAUGCUUCGGAUCAGUUGGCCAGACACUAUCAGAAACAAUCUACUGUGGGAGAGAAGAAACCAGGAAGCGCUGAAAGUGGAUAGGACCCACAUUGAGGAAAGCACCCAACUGCGUCACAAGGCAAGGCCAAAGAACAAAUUACGCCGAGAAGUGGAGACAGAUAUGAGAGGAAUGAACAACAACUAGAUAGAACUAGAAAGGAAGGCCUAGGACAGAGUGGGUUGAAGAAUGCUGGUCGGUGGCCUAUGCUCCAUUCGGAAUAACAGGUGUAAGUAAUUCAACUUAUUCUGUAGUUACAUGACUGGACGAUUGUUUUAGUACUUGGAAAUAAUUAGGAGUUUGGAUGAACGUGAUACUUUGUUAACUGUCAGUAUUAACAAUAAUAAUAAUUCCAAAGGUUCAACUUGCUUCAUAUUUGAUCCAUUUUAAACCUCACGCGUUUCACAAACGUAAUCAUUGAUUUUCAGCAAGUCUUUUAGCUCUGAAAAAUUCUAAUCAGUUUUAUCAAGUGAAGUAUACGGUAUUUCAUACGAAGUCCCAUCAAUAUUGUUAAUUCGCUCAAUAUUAAAUUACAAGACGCAUUUUCAACCGGACAUUGUCAAUAAAGUAACUAAGUGGCGAAAAGUGGAUCCGUUUCGUGCUCCAGAUAAACGUAAACAAAUUGCGGUUGUAUGUUAGUGAAGCGAAAAACACUCGUUUACGUUGGGAAUAUCAUAUAAUAAUUAAUUCAUUUUUGUACUGUUUGUUUGAAUCUUCCCAUCGAUGCUUAAGACGGCAUCUGAUCAGUAUUCUAUUAGCAUAUGUACAUCCUGUGCGGAUUGCUUUGAGCCACAAGCUUUUUAAGUGAAGAUGGAUAAUGGCUAGCAGUGGAAUCCAAGAUGAGCGUUUCGACACCGCAAACGGUGCUGGGUUGCAGUCCUGUAGUAAACAUCAAUUAUGAGAUGCAGGUAAAUCCAACAGACGAGUCACAAAUAGGACGAAACGCACAACCUGGACUCCACUGCUAGCCAUCAUCCAUCCUUGUUUAUCAAAUAACAAUUAAGUUAACGUCGCUAAGUAUGCUUUUCUUUUAUAGCGUAUACAUCAUAUCCACUUGUUAUAAUUUCCCUAAUUACAACCCAGCUAUUCCUAUUGCUUAGUAUUCUUAGACAUCAAUUCACUCGACAAGUCCCCAAAUAAGAACACGAUUGAACAGGGAGAUAUUGUAUUCCAAAUAACAAGGGUAGAUGGAAGUAAGAAGCAUAGUAAGAAAUACGUUAGUAUAUUUAUAGUUUUUACGUGAAAAGAUUAUUGAGUGUUCUCCAAGUAUCGACUAGCGCUAAUUGGAUGGGAAUCAGCGUGCGUCAACACAAUCGUGCACUCAGCAUGCUUUAAUCCAAUCUAUGUCCCGCUAACACUUUUCUGGUUUCUCAGUUUCUAACACUUUUUCCAACUUUUAUAACAGUUGGAAGACCUGGUCUUAGGUAUCUCAGACCAUAUUCAACGUGUUUCAAAACAAAACUUUACAGUGGCCUGGCAGGAACUCAGCCCUGAAAGUGAAGUAGAAGAGACGUAUAUGCUGGUGAAGCACAAGACUAUUAAAGGUACGCAAAACUUUACUGUUGAUACUUUAUCUUAUAUUUGCAGCCUGUUACUUCGAACUAAAUGACCAAUUAAUUACACAAAUUAAUACGAACCCAGUGUCAGCAUCGAAAUUUUGGACAUUCUAUUGAUUUUAAUUAAGGUUAUUUAAUUCUUGAAACAAAAGUACAAAGUAUCUUAACGAAGUCAAAUAUAUCAAUAUAUGUGUUCCCAGGUAUAUUAUAUUACGCUGUAUUUUAGAGUAAAUCCUGUUGAUUACGGUAGAAACAGAUUAUAUCUUAUAAUCACAAUAGGGAGUUUUUAACAUUUUAAAACUACAUGGAGAUCCUUAAGUUUUACCAUAUUCUUGUCACCUACUCAAAAUCUGUAUAGCUUACUAUUGUUUUGUUAAAUGGAAAUGUCUAGUGAAAUCGACACAUUUUUCUCGUUAACAGUGUUUAAAACUGAUCUCUUUGCCUUAAAAAUGGUGUUACUGUGUGAGAAAAAUGAAUGCACUUUACUUUGGUCUACUCAAUUGUCGGAAUUAAGCUAAGGUUAUUGUUUUUAUGUAGUGCGUAAUUAAGAGUUAGAUUACUUUUGACAGAACAUGAAUGAAUUGUUUGUAAUUUAGUUUUUUUGGAGAGUAGGGCAACAUUUACUAUGUAGGUGUUCAUGAUCAUCAAAUGAUUUCUACACACAUGUAUAUGUCGAACCUUCAUGCUUUUUCGCUUAAAAUCACUAGUUAUUUCCUCAUACUUUAGAAACGAUGCGUCAAAUUAUCGAACACCUUGGACUUCAGCCUUGUGAUCAAACUGAUCAUAUGCCUCAUGAAGGAAAGUCGUCUCAUCAGCUCCUUCUGUCCGGAGUAUAUCGUGGUGGAUACCAAGUUUUGGCCUUAUGUAAACUUGCUAAAGUAUUGUCUGAUGCAUCCCCUCAUUCAAACGAACAGGGUGUAACUUUCCAAAUCACAGUACGUUCAUCUGAUCCCGUUGUUAGCCGAAUAAUAGCUGAUGCCAUCGGUUGAGUUUCUUAUUACUAUAUGACAUAUCCUACUUAUGUAUUGUAUUAAUUCUUUGUUUUUUACAUUGGACUAAUGGUAAUCACUUUGUUUACAAAUUUAAUCAAACUACAAAGCUGUUGCUAAUACCACUCGCUGAAUAGCUGUGAUUUUUCUCUUGUUAAUAAAUCUUUAUUUUGAAAUUUCUGAAUAUGCAAUACAGGAUUUAAAGUUU